GCGGCGGCGGCUCCGCAGUUCAGGGAUCAUGCUGCCCUUGUCUUUGUUGAAGACAGCGCAAAAUCACCCUAUGCUGGUGGAGCUGAAAAACGGGGAGACGUACAACGGGCACCUGGUGAGCUGUGACAAUUGGAUGAACAUCAACCUGCGGGAGGUCAUCUGCACAUCACGGGAUGGAGACAAGUUCUGGAGGAUGCCAGAGUGCUACAUCCGUGGCAGCACCAUCAAGUACCUGCGGAUCCCUGAUGAAAUUAUUGACAUGGUGAAGGAAGAGGUGGUGUCCAAGGGCAGAGGCCGUGGUGGGAUGCAGCAGCAGAAGCAACAGAAGGGCCGUGGUGUUGGAGGUGCUGGGCGAGGUGUGUUUGGUGGCCGUGGCCGAGGGAUUCCAGGCAGUGGAAGAGGCCAGCAGGAGAAGAAGCCUGGCAGACAAUCAGCAAAGCAGUGAGAGGCUGGCAGCAGCCUGCCUGGGGCACAGUGCUGCCAGGCUGAUGGGCUUUGGUCACCUCAGGGUUGCCAUGUGUCUUCCCUCCCUGCUCCUCCAUCAGUGCCCCAGUCAGGUAGUUUGGAAGCCCCUCUGUAACUGGAUCUGGUGCAGUGAGGUUCAUUUACUGCUCCUAGGCAGCAAAUCAUUGGAAAUGCUUUAAAAAAUCAUUGGUGGGUAAGGACCUGACCUCUGCUUCCCAAAAUAGGGGAGGCACUGUUUUAAUCUUUCAGGGCCACCAGGUUUAAUUUGGAUUGUCCUGCAGAAUGGUCUGAGAAGGAGGCUAACACUCUCUGGAUUCUUUGUGUUUGGUGGGGUUUUUUUGUUUGGUUGGUUGGUUUUGGUUUUGUUUUUUUUUUUAAUGCUUGGAACAGGAGAACUCAUUGCAUUUUAACAGAUGUGAGCUUGGGUUUGCAAACCCUGACCUUGAGGACUUUGUCUCUUUCUGGUCUUAAAGGUUUGGGGGCUCUUUAAAAACAACAAAACUCUAAAGCUGUUGCUUCUCUUUCUGGCCAGUCAGUUCUAUCCCUCUCCUGUGGCUAAGGGAGAGCUUGGGAUGAACUCUGCAUUGGCCUUCAAGGCUUGCGUCCAGGAGGGCUCUGUGACAAAUGAGGGGUUCCCAAUUAGUGAUUACUAAUUUGACUUCAGAUUAGAAGUUUCCUUAAAAGGAAAAGCUUUCCUGUGCUCUCUUGCAGGAGGCUCUUCCUGCUUUGCUUUGCUUUUACCUGCAAAGCAAUCAACCUGUUGAUUGAUUUCUCUCUCUGCUUUGAAAACUCUCCCUCAUGCCUGUGAUAGAGAGUCCUGAACCCCAACAGAAGUCCUGAACCCCAACAGUCCUUCUCCUCCUCAUUUCUUCUGCUACUUAGUGACUGACCUCACUGGAUGUGUUGCUUCCCUAUCUGGUCACUAAUGAUCCUCCCUUGGGGACACAGAGCAGCUCCUGUGAAUUCCCAGGUUGGGCUGUUCCAGUCUUCUAUCCCCUGGGGUGCAGGGUCCCGUGAGCAAAACGCACCCACAAGAGACCCUGGCUGACCAAACUGAAUGUCUGCAUGGGGGCACAGAGUGGGAGAGAGGCUCUGGCUGUGCCUCAGGCCUGAGUGGAUGAAGUAAUUUAAUUUUAGGGGAAAAACUGAUAGUGUGGCUGGUUGUGAGCAGGGGCUUGGGGCUUGUUUUGGUUUCUGCUGCUCUGCCAUUACCCCUGGAUCGCAGGCAAGUCAAGGACUUAUUUUUUAAUGUUUAUAGAACU